AUGAUCGUACUUGAACCUACUUCUUGUGACAACAAUCUCCUCAUUUCAGCUAUGGCGCACCCCCAAGAAGCGACACAAACCCAAACAUUUCCAUUGCCUGAACUCCCUCCGGAACUACGUCGCCUUAUCUGGAGCCACACUCUCCCGGGGCCUCGCAUUCACAAAGCAGUCUACAGACGCUGUUGCGGGAGUAGUACCGCUGCCGAGACUCACAUCAUAUCACCGCAACCACCUAUUGUACUCAGCAUCUGUAAAGAAUCUAGAGAUGUAGCGUUGGAGGUGUUCAAAACAUUCGCCCUUUGCCAGUGUCCUGGGGUCGGACAGCUUGGAUUCUUCAAUCCACAGACAGACAUGUUACACGUUGACAUCAAUAGUCCCUGCGAAGAAUGGUUUGCUCCUUGGUGUGACUUUUCUCGAAUAUCUGUCGCUGUACAAAAUAACGAGCAGGAUUACGAAAACGUAUCAUCCAUGCUAUUACUUCAACCCAUUAUCUCGCAUGUCUAUCUCACUGUUCUGGAAAUAGAUGAGAAGAUGACGGACAUUGUCAAAUCAAAAAGAUCACUGAGAAGGCAUAUCAAGUACCCCGAGAUAUUGAUCAGAGCGACAAAGUGUGUUCCAAUCCAGGAACUGGAAGUUGUGGCUGGAGAGGAAUCGCAGUAUGAGGAGCUACGAGCCAUGGCUUCGUCUCUUUUGGCUACUGAAAAACACAAAAAUCUGUUUAUUGAUGUGGCUUUAGCCAGGGAGAUCAACUGUGCAUAA